UUAUGGAACUCUUAAUCAGUUGGCUAGGCAUUGUUCCAAGCUUUUUACGUGAAUUAACUAAUUUAGUUUUCAUUACCACCCUAUUGAAGAGGUACUCAUAUAUUUCCCAUCUUUUACUCAAGAGGAAACUGAGGCAUAAAGUGGUUAGGUAACUUGCCCAAAGUCAGUAAAGCUAAGUGGAAAUGACUCAGAGUGACAGUCGCCGGUAACCUCCACACUAUCCUGACCCUCAGUAUACUGUGUCAGCUUUCAUUGUCUAAUAUAGUUAGAAUUGGAGAAUAUCAGUACACCUAAGCAAAGGGUCCUCAUUUCAUAAUGAUUCACGCUUUAGUGUGCUUACCUGUGGGGAUUCUAAUUAGUAGGGCUGAGAAUAUGCAUUUUUAAUAAGUACCCAAGCAUUCUGACCAUACUUUGAGAUGCACUGAUCUAGUGACACACCCUUCACAAUUCACUUCACAUGAAGGCUUUUUGUGUGUGUGGUUGUUUACUUGCUUAAGCUAGGUCAUUCUUUGUGUGAAUCUGUGUUCAGAAUCACUCAGUCUUUGAGUGAGUCUUUUGAACCCAUACAUGUCUCUAAUAUGUACUUACGCCUCAAACGCCCACACUACUAAUCAACAUUUCUUUUGCAGAGAAUAAAUAAAUGGCCAGUACCAGAGGGGUUUUACUGCUUAAAAAAUUUUUCUAUGAUGUUUAGAAUAGGGUAUAUCUGACCUGAAGAAGUUGUAAAGAUGAAUGUAGUGUCCACUUACAGAAGAAAGGAGGUAACAAAUCACACUGAGCAAAAAAUAUUCAGUGUUCUCUUCAGUUACAAGCAAAAUGAAUAUUUCCAUGCUGUUACAAUGUGCUCACCAGCAUUUCCUAAAAGGACUUUUAAGAACAACUUUACGACAUUACCACUUCAUCUUUCACUCAAGUACUCAUCAUGGAUCAGGAAUCCCAUCUGCUCAACCAUUUAAUUCUCUUGGACUCCAUUGUACAAAGUGGAUGCUGCUGUCAGUUGGUUUAAAGAGAAAGUUAUGUGUGCAGACAACCUUAAAAGAACACACAGAAGGACUUUCUGAUAAAGAACAAAGAUUUGUGGAUAAACUUUACUCUGGUUUAAUCCAAGGACAAAGGGCCUGCUUAGCAGAGUCUAUAACUCUUAUAGAGUCAACUCAUGACAGGAAAAAAGAGUUAGCCCAGGUGCUUCUUCAGAAAGUGUUAGUCUACCACAGGGAACGAGAACAAUUAAAUAAAGGAAAACCACUAGCAUUUCGAGUGGGAUUGUCUGGCCCUCCUGGUGCUGGAAAAUCGACAUUUAUAGAAUAUUUUGGAAAAAUGCUUACUGAGAGAGGGCACAAAGUAUCUGUGCUAGCUGUGGACCCUUCUUCUUGUACUAGUGGUGGUUCACUCUUAGGUGAUAAAACACGAAUGACUGAGUUAUCAAGAGAUAUGAAUGCAUACAUCAGGCCAUCUCCUACUAGAGGGACUUUAGGAGGUGUGACAAGGACCACAAAUGAAGCUAUUCUACUGUGUGAAGGAGGGGGAUAUGACAUCAUUCUUAUUGAAACUGUAGGUGUGGGUCAAUCAGAGUUUGCUGUUGCUGACAUGGCUGACAUGUUUGUUUUACUACUGCCACCAGCAGGAGGAGAUGAAUUGCAGGGUAUCAAAAGGGGUAUAAUUGAGAUGGCAGAUCUGGUGGCUAUAACUAAAUCUGAUGGAGACUUGACUGUGCCAGCUCGAAGGAUACAAGCGGAGUAUACGAGUGCACUGAAAUUACUCCGCAAACGUUCAGAAGUCUGGAGACCAAAGGUAAUUCGUAUUUCUGCCAGAAGUGGAGAGGGAAUCACUGAAAUGUGGGAUAAAAUGAAAGAAUUCCGGGACCUGAUGCUUGCCAGUGGGGAGUUGACUGCCAAACGACAGAAGCAGCGGAAAGUUUGGAUGUGGAAUCUCAUCCAGGAAAGUGUGUUAGAACAUUUCAGGUCCUAUCCCACAGUAAGGGAACAGAUUCCUCUCUUGGAAAAAAAAGUUCUCAGUGGGUCUAUGUCUCCAGGACUAGCAGCAGAAUUCUUGCUGAAAGCUUUUAAAAACAGAGAUUAAUGAAACUUACUCUGUAUAAUAAUUUUAUAUAUAGUUUAAUAAAGUAUUCUAAUGUUAAAAAUCA